UUCUCGCGAUUGGGAAGCCUGUUGCUGCAAGUCCCAAGUUGGAGCUUCUCUCUUUUGGCCGGACUUGAGAAGCUAAAGGCGCGGCGAGUCGCUCGGAGCCGGUUGAGGUCAAGUUCCGCUCCUUCACCUGGCCGUUGCUCGGGGGUCCCGCGCAGCCAUUGGUGGCCUAGUGUGGGAGCCACGCGGGGCGGCUCGGAAGCAGAGUCUCUCAGCUCCAGCGCCUGCGACUUCCAAGGUGUCCUUGAAUCCAGUUGGAGAUCCCCACGGUUUUCCCCUCCAACCACGGCGGAGUCGUUGAAGCCCACCCACUGCCGCGUUGUCAUCUAUUUGCAGAAGGAGAUGUCCGGCGACACCUGCUUAACCACCCUCUGCCCCGCUUCGGGCGCGAAGCCGAAGAGGUGCAGCGCCAAAAUCGGCACCCUUGGCAAUAAGUACGUGCGGCUGAAUGUCGGGGGCUCCUUGUAUUACACCACCGUGCAGGUGCUGACCCGCCAUGACACCAUGCUGAAAGCCAUGUUCAGCGGAAGGAUGGAGGUGCUGUCCGACAAGGAAGGUUGGAUCCUGAUCGACCGCUGUGGGAAGCAUUUUGGAACCAUCUUAAAUUACCUUCGGGACAACACCGUCAUUCUACCCAAGAACCGGCAGGAGAUCAAGGAGCUGAUGGCCGAAGCCAAAUAUUACCUCAUCCAGGGCUUGGUGGACCUCUGUCAAACUGCCUUGCAGGACAAGAAAGAGACCUACUACCCGAUCUGCAAUAUCCCUGUCAUCACGUCUCCGAAAGAGGAAGAGAGACUCAUUGAAUCAGCCAUGAAGCCAGUGGUGAAGCUCCUUUAUAACCGAAGUAACAACAAAUAUUCCUACACAAGCACCUCGGAUGACAAUCUCCUGAAGAACAUUGAACUCUUCGACAAGCUCUCGCUCCGGUUCAACAGGAGGGUUCUCUUCAUCAAGGACGUCAUUGGGGACGAGAUCUGCUGCUGGAGUUUCUUUGGCCAGGGGCGGAAGCUGGCCGAAGUCUGUUGCACCUCCAUCGUUUACGCCACGGAAAAGAAGCAAACGAAGGUCGAAUUCCCUGAGGCCCGCAUCUACGAGGAAACGCUUAACAUCCUGUUAUACGAGACUCCCCGGGUGCCUGACAAUUCCCUGCUGGAGGCCACGAGCCAAAAUCGGAGCCAGGCCUCCCGUGGAGAAGAUGAGGACGGCAACUACGAGCCGCGCGACCGAGUCAGGCGCAUUCACGUCAAGCGAUACAGCACCUACGAUGACCGGCCGAUAGGCCAUUAGGGCUCCGGGGGGGGGCACUCAGAGCCUCUCCUUCCAUCUGCGGGGAGGGCACGUGGCUUCGGCACCGGGAUCCCCUGAUGGGCCCAAAUCUUCCAGGAGGGCAGCUUACAUUUCCCGCCACACUGCGAUAUAGUUUGUGAAACGUUACUCCCCGGUGCCGAGAUACAGCUGGGAGGCAACCUUGUGAGUUUGAAACCAUCCCUUGGCUGUUUUGUGUGGAAUUUGAUGGGGUCCUUCUCUGCCUCGAGACACUUCCUUGAAGACCUUAAAAACAAAAAUCCAGAUGCUGAGACCAAAGAAUCACACUUAAAACGCUAUAUUGAGACGAUGAAACACUACAGUUUUGUAGCCCCCUGGUCCCCUUUCCCAGAGAAAACCUGGGUAGCCGUGACUGGUUUUUGGUUUUUUUUCCUCCUUUAGCAGAAUGUGAUUUU